AUGAUUAUAAUCCCAAUCAUCCUGCGAGUAGAGGCCCUUAUGAUAUCGCUGAAAGAGCCUAUUCCAUUUAAUUCAGUACAACAAUCAAUUCCCGUCUCUACAAGUAAUGAUGCUGUUACGAUUGCUGCCUGGCAAUUCUAUGGCUUCGGAGAAAGCAUUCAUGACGGCUUACAAAAAUUGCACGCACAAACCAUACCUCCGGAAGAAUGCCAGAAAUAUCACGAAAAUAUUAUGCUCGUUGACAAGAGCGAGGUGUGUACACUUAUCAUACGCGGAAAGGAAUCAUGCCAGGGUGACAGCGGUAGCGGACUGAUUUUAGAUAAAGAUAGACGUCUCAUCUGGUUUCUGGUGGAAAACCAUGCGCUACGAGUGUAG